GAGCGGCAUCGCCUUGAACAACGUACAAUACAACGUAUAUAUACAUAUAUGCCGCGCUAGCGAUAUAUGCGGCAUACCAUACCGUGUACAGAUUGUCGAAAGUGCCGUGUUCUUCGACGAUUCGCGUUUUUCCCUUUUUUUAUUGUCCAACCGUCGCACAGAUAUGGGAAGGUAUGUAAGGCUACUUAGGCUGGCUUAUAAGCGGAGUUACUAUCCAUCUACGAGGACCGCGCGUGAAAGUAUUUUUAUUCUAAUAGUACUAUCGACGAUAACGGCGUUUGCACUAGGAUCGGAUUGUAGCGGAGACCCUUGCAUGUACGGAAUCUGUUUGGACAACGAGAACAGUACUUAUUCUUGCUAUUGCAUCGACGGUUACACGGGAAUCAAUUGCGAAAUUAAUUGGGACGAAUGCUGGUCGGACCCUUGCCUCAACGGCGGCACGUGUAACGACGGGGUCGCUGCGUAUAAUUGCACGUGUGUUGACGGUUUCGUAGGUGUGAACUGCGAGCAAAGAUAUAGCGAAUGUUCGAAUCAUCCGUGCCUCAACAAUGGCACCUGCGUCGAUUACGAUGGCGUCACCUGCCAAUGUCCGGAUGGAUACUCAGGUAUGGCGCAUAAUGACGAUUUUACUUCCACGUUAUCACGUUUUUUACCGUCUGAUUUCUUAGGAGAUUAUUGCGAAAUCGACGUUUCGGUUUGCAACGAUACGAUAUGCAAAAAUUCUGGCGAGUGCGUCGAAGGGCCUGGUUUCUCGUUCUAUUGCCGUUGCCGCGAAGGAUGGACUGGCAUCCUCUGCGAUGUGGACAUUGAUGAGUGCUUGGAGUCGCCAUGCAAAAACGGUGGUCUCUGUAUCAAUAUUCCAGCUUCUUAUACCUGCGCUUGUUUAUUUGGUUUCACUGGUAAGGAUUGCGAGAAAGCAGUCGUGCCAUGCGACGAGAAUCCUUGCCAAAACGGAGCGGUGUGUCUUUUGGAAGACGACCAUCCGGUUUGCUAUUGCGUGCCGGAUUAUCACGGCGCUCUGUGCGAGCUGAAGUACGAUGACUGCGAGUCGAAAUUCGCCCGCUGCGAUAACGGAGGCACCUGCAUCGACGGCAUCAAUAGUUUUACUUGUUCCUGCCCGCCGAAUUACGGCGGUCCCAUGUGCGAGCACAGUUUUUCCUCGACGACCACUGCCGAAGUGGAGGGCACAUCCGAGCGGGAAACGAGUCCAGUUAAGGUGACCACUGUCGCUUCACCCAGAGCUUCGACUUUGUUAGUGGACACCUCUGUGUCUCCGCCAUCGACAUCCACCACCAGCUUCGUCGCUUAUUCGACUUCGCCGCGAACGAGCAGCUCGCCUUACACGAGGAGAUACACUCUCGUGGAGAAGACAACUACGGAAUACGAGGGUUCUCCUAGUAGCGAUAGCGGCUUUCUCACCGAAGUUCCGUCAACGAGUUCCGCGACUAGUAAAGAUGUGAUUCGGGACGAUCUUGUUACGUCGGAGCCCGUAACGAUGUCAUCGGCUACCACCGAAAGCUACGUAACUGACACGGCAAGCGCUGAAGUUUACUUCCCAACCGGAAGAUCGAUCCACGAUGAGGAAGUCACCAAAGAACCCGAUGAUCGGAUGACGAAACCGUCGGUCUCCGAGAGAACGGAUGAAGACGUAACGCGUGUAACGCAACACGCGACUUCCAGCCAUCGACCGACAAUGAUAGACGAAGGCCAAAAGGAUGAAAGGACCACUGCGACUACAAGUGUUAUCGUGGAUCGCGUUACCGAUGUAACAUUCUCCAAUGCAACGUUUCGCUAUACGACAGAAUCGACGCCGAAUAGAACCUUCGAACCUUCUUUGGAAACUACGAUCGCGGAUUCGCCCAGAACCGUUUUAUCUCUAACUACCUCAUCGACACUGCCAUCAGUGUUGCCUUCGACUGUGAGAUUCGACACUCCCGCGGUAUCUUCCCCAUUAACGUCCACUAGUGUAUCCUUGUUGUUAAACCAAACCACUGACGCUGAAGUCAACGCUACAGAAAUCAGCGCUUGCCGCGGGAAUCAGUGUUCCACGAGCACUACGACGUUGCCUGCGCGUAAUGUCACCGAAUACGCCGACGGUUGCAAGACUGAUUCGACUAUUACUCAGGCGGCUUUUAACGGCAAGUCUUUCGUCAGACAACGCGCCGAAGUAAUAAUCACCGAUAACAAGAACGCAACCCUCCGAAUUUAUGUGAAGCUUAGAACGGCGUUUAAGAAUGGAAUAAUACUGCACGUUUACUUCGACAACGAGAGAUAUUCCUUGGUAUAUCUGGAACUUGGAUCGUUGAAGUUCCAGUUUUCCUGCGGUCUCGAAACUAUGUUGCUCGGUGAAAUCGAUGCUCUCAUUGAUAAUGGAUUCGAAGUGGGCAUUGAUAUGAGCUUUCAUUAUGUUGCCAAUGACGAGAGCGAAAAAUGUUUUGCCAAACUGUUGGUCAACGGCACUAUGGCCGUGACCGGCGAACAAAUACUGCCACAACGAGGAAUGGUCCCGAAACAUGCCAAUUUGUACAUAGGAGGCAUCCCAUUAACAUUUUCUCAUUAUUUCCCGCACGUAGCCAUGGGAUUCAUUGGCUGUAUGGAUUCUCUGAAGGUGAACAACGUUUCUCGACACUUCAUUCACGAUUCCAUAGAAACAUUUCAAAUCGAAGAAUGCACAUCAUUCUUAUGUUUAUCGAAUCCGUGUCAGAAUUUCGGCGCGUGCGAAGAGAGUGAUGGUAGAAUCCGCUGCAGAUGUAUAGCGGGCUAUACCGGGCCUUUGUGCGAACAUUCGGCGUGCAACGACAAUCCUUGCUCGAUGGGUGCGACGUGCGUAAGUUCGCCGGGAACUGGUUUCAUCUGCGUUUGCCCGCUCGGCAGUCACGGGCUUUUGUGCGACGAAGAUGCUAUUCUAGUGCGACCGGCCUUCUCGGUUCUCGUUCCCGGUUUCGCAUCGUACAUCGCUUACGGCGUGCCGACUUCGAUAAAGGACACGAUGGAAUUGAAGCUGCGACUCAUCCCUCGCACGUUCGAUCAAAUCUCCCUGAUAGCGUACUUCGGACAGAGAGGCGCGCGUCGCGACGUCUCGGAUCAUCUCUCGGUAACAUUUGUGCGCGGUUACAUCAUGCUUACGUGGGAUUUGGGCUCUGGAGUGCGUAGAAUCUUCACCAAUUCUUCACUGGACUCUCUAAGCGUGGCGGGGUCGGCUGGUAAAAGUAAAACGUACACCCUUCGAAUUGGAAGAAGAGGCAAAGACGCGUGGCUCGCUGUAGAAGGUCUUAACAAUGUGACUGGUCAGGCGAUUGGAUCUAUGACUCAGCUCGAUGUAUCGCCCGUUCUCUAUAUCGGCGGCUACAAAUCCAAAAAUUUCGAUACACUGCCGCACGAUCUGCCUCUCCAUACCGGCUUUUCCGGAUGCAUAUUCGACGUUGAAUUGCGCACAGACACGUCGAUACUUCCGCUCACCGGCUCCAGUCCUGCCACUGGUCGUGGCGUGGGUGAAUGCAAUCGCAACGAAUGCAUUCGUCAUUCAUGCAAGAAUGGCGCGGUGUGUUUGCAUCAUGGAGCAUCAUACAGCUGCAUUUGUACAAAAGAAUGGGUCGGACCUGAUUGUUCCAUUCCAAUUUGAUUUGCAAUCAGGAAGAAUCUUCUGGCUGCACAUGGA